AUGGUGGGUGUGAACGAUGAGUAUUCUCUGCCCUCAGACCGGAAUCACAAUUGGUGCCAAGGACAUCGAAGAGUCUCCAGGCCAGUCAUCACAAAUUGGAGCAACACACCGGGAGAUGUAUUGAAAGAGAAGCUCGAUCAACUGCAGUGUCACUUCACAUGGAGACCACAGAAGGAAACUAUUGACUUGGAAGAUCUGAUGCACAGAUUGCAAGAUUCUAUCGAUAUGAAUAUGAAGUAUAAAGAUCAGGCCUACAACCAAUUUGCUUUUUUAAAUUGUUUGCAGGGCAAAUGUGUGGAAGCAAUUCAAAAUUUAAAGGAAGCUGAAAAAAUUCUGAGGGAGAACCACAAAGAUGAAUUUGAAAGAAGAAGCAUCAUCAUCUAUGGAAACUUUGCCUGGGUACAUUACCACAUGGGACAGCUGACCGAGUCCCAGUCCUACCUCGAAAAGCUGGAGAUGAUCUGUAAACCGCUCAGUGACGGCCCUCGCUAUACAGCAAAGAUCCCUGAGGUGUACGGGGAGAAGGGAUGGUCAUUGUUGAAUUCUGCUUCUGAAUUCUAUGAGGAGGCAAAGGAAUGCUUUGCAAAGGCUCUGGAGCAAGACCCUGACAACACCGAGUGGAUAAUGGGAUAUGCGACUGCACUGUCUCGUCUGGAAUCAAUGUCUGGAACCCCAGAGAGUCGUGAUCAGAGUCAGUCAGUGAAGUAUUUCCGACGAGUACUGGAGCUUGAUCCAGAUGAUGCUGUGGCCAUGGUGCUGUUGGCUCUAAAACUGCUGAGGUUACAACAAAAUGAGGAAGCACGUAAAUUCGUUGAACAAGCAUUGCAGAAGACCCCAGAUCUUCCAUAUGUGCUUCGCUAUGCUGCAAAAUAUUAUAGACAAGUAGGAUCUGUGGAGAAAGCAAUCGAGCUGUUGAAAAAAGCAUUAGAGUUAACUCCACACUCUGGUUUCUUAUACCACCAACUUGGAUUGUGCUACAGAAAGAAGCUGAAAUACACUCGUAGCAGAUACGCUCGCAAUCCUGAAUUUCAGCAGAGAGCUGAGUUGAUCAAUCUAUGCAAGUAUCACUUUGAAAAGGCUUUUGAGCACCGUCCAAGGUCAUUUAUUAGAGCACAACUGGACUUUGCAGACAUCUGCAUAACAAGUGGGGAGUAUUACAGAGCAGAGGAGAUCUACAGUAGAUUGAAGGAGUUAGUGGACAUUCGACCAGAAAACAUGCAGAGCAUAUGUCUGGAAGCUGGGUUAUUUGAACUAAACCAGAAGAAUUCUGAAACAAAUGCUGUUCGCCUCUUCCUGAAAGGAGUGAAAAUUGAAUAUAACUCAAUAGAACGGGAAAAAUGUCGCAUGAAUUUGGAGGAGUGGACAGAUAGAAAACUUAGUGUAAAUGCACAAGACAGCGAGGCUCUUGGUGUCAGAGCAUUUCUGUAUCAGCUGGAUGGGAACCAGGGUAGAGCAGCUGAGUACUUUGAGAUGGCCUUGGAGUUUGAUCCUGACAAUGAGGAAUAUGUACCAUAUCCGAUGUGGACGUUGGUAACAAUGGUUUUCCAUAUAGAUCUAUCCCUCAUUUUUCGGAUGACUUCCAUUACCUCGAUGUGUAGCCACCUAGCUAGGCUUUUGAUGUACAUAGGCCGAGGUCUUCCUCUCGAUCUUUCCAGAAAGGAUCUUUACCUCAAACAGGUACGACUGCGAACAAUGACAGUCAGAGAAAAACUGAGCAGUCAGAGCAAUCGCUUUACCACGGAUCGAUUUCGACAGUAA